UUCAGGGAGAUGUUAAUCUCUGUGGCUCUGGGACAGGUGUUAUCCCUUCUUAUUUGUGGAAUUGGCUUGACCAGCAAGUACCUGUCAGAAGAUUUCCAUGCCAAUACACCAGUCUUCCAGAGUUUCCUCAAUUACAUCCUUCUCUUUUUGGUCUAUACCACCACACUAGCUGUCAGACAAGGAGAAGAAAACCUCCUGGCAAUUUUACGACGAAGAUGGUGGAAGUAUAUGAUCCUGGGACUCAUCGACCUGGAAGCAAAUUACCUGGUGGUCAAGGCCUACCAGUACACGACUCUGACCAGUAUCCAGCUCUUGGACUGCUUUGUGAUCCCAGUGGUGAUUUUGCUCUCCUGGUUCUUCCUGCUGAUCCGGUACAAAGCUGUACAUUUCCUCGGCAUCGUGGUCUGCAUCCUGGGAAUGGGCUGCAUGGCAGGAGCGGAUGUCCUUGUGGGAAGACAUCAGGGAGCAGGAGAAAAUAAGCUGGUAGGGGACCUUCUGGUCUUAGGAGGAGCCACGUUAUACGGGAUCUCCAACGUCUGGGAAGAAUACAUCAUCCGAACCCUGAGUCGAGUGGAAUUUCUGGGGAUGAUUGGACUCUUCGGGGCUUUUUUCAGUGGAAUUCAAUUAGCCAUAAUGGAGCACAAGGAGCUGUUAAAGGUGCCCUGGGAUUGGCAAAUAGGACUGCUCUACGUUGGCUUUAGCGCCUGCAUGUUUGGUCUCUACAGCUUUAUGCCAGUCGUCAUAAAGAAAACCAGCGCCACUUCGGUCAACCUCUCCCUGCUCACAGCAGAUUUGUACAGCCUGUUCUGCGGACUGUUUCUCUUCCACUACAAGUUUUCAGGGCUGUAUCUCCUGUCUUUCUUCACCAUCCUCAUCGGGCUGGUGCUCUACUCCUCCACCUCCACAUACAUAGCCCAGGACCCCCGAGUGUACAAGCAGUUCCGCAAUCCUUCGGGCCCCGCCGUGGACUUACCGGCCACAGCUCAGGUGGAGCCCUCAGUCACCUACACCAGCCUGGGCCAGGAGACCGAAGAGGAGCCCCACGUCCGUGUGGCCUAAGAUGAGGCCCUCCCUGCCCACUGAAGUCACCUCCGUGGCCACGUUGUUCACCCUUCAUCUCUGUAUUGUACAUAGAGAAAGGUAUUUAUUAGGUGCGGUUUACGCAGGUGGACUGCAAGGUAGCAAAUCUGAAAGCCUGUAAGAGGCACAAGCUAAACAUCCCUGGAGUCACGGCCUCCGAGCCACCUGACUUAGAGAGACGCCUAGCUAGUGUGUGUCCUGAUCACAACCCUCCUGCAUUAAUUACUGUGAAAACUUUUGAAUUAAAAGCAAGUAUUAUUAUUAUU